AUGAUGAUUCUUUACAAGCAAAUCAAUAUGAACAAUUCAUCAAAUGAUUUGGACAAUCUAAAAACUACGAAUAUUCAAAAAAAUGAAUUGCAACAACCUAAUGAUAAUGAACAUUUAGAUGACACAAUUGAUGCUCGUCUUCGAGCUAAACAUGAUCUAAGACAAUUAGUUCAUGAACAAAGUGAUGGUGAUAAGCUUGAUAAUGAACAGGAUUAUAUCGAUCGGUUAAAUUCAGCAUUAGAAAAUGAAUAUAAAAAGGAACCUGAAUCUCAACAUAUAGCUCCACCUACAACAAAUACAAUUCAUAAUACACCAUCACAAAAUCAAAUAAAAGAAGACAUUCAAGUGACAUCACGUGUACUAAACGAAACAACAUCUAUACAAACACCACAGGAACAACGACAGCACACUAACAAUGAACCAUCAUCAGUAAUUGAUACAUUGAAACAUGCUCAAAUUAUAGAUGAAAAAUUGAAUUCAAAACCAAUUUCUGAUGAAACUAUACCUCCACCACAAGCACAAACUAAUGAACAGCAACCAACAAAUGUAAUUCAAGAAAAAGUAGCAAAAGAGGAUGUUUCAUCUAUUCAUAAAGAGACUCUAUCAUCAACACAAUCUCAUCAACAAAACGAAACACUUAAUGUAGUAAAACCUGUAACUAAUCACAUUCCACCUUCUUCAGAUCAACAACAACCGAUCAUAAAUGAUACAGUACAAGAUAACAGUUCACUCGAUGUUAAACCUCCAUCUUCAACAUCACCACAAUUAGAUCAAUCACAAAAGCUAAAAUUUGAUACAGUACAAAAUGCUAGUUCGAUUGAUCCUACACUAUAUCACCAACCACCACCACCAGAUGCAAUACCAAAUGAUCAUUCAUUGGAUCUUAAUUUGAAAGAACAACAAACAUCCGAAACACAACAAAAUGCGAGUGCAUUAGAUCACAAUCCAUCUUCUCCAACACCCAUAAAAGAAGACCAAAAGCAACAAAUUUUUGAUUCGAUACCAAGUGUCAUAUCAUCAGAUCAACAACAAGCAAGUCCAGAAACUAAACAUGUUAGCUCAUUAGAUCAAAAACAACAAACUCCAGAAGCAAUACAAAAUACUAGUUCAACAGAUCAUAAUGCACCUUCAAUACAAGUAGAUCAACAAUCACAAGUUGUCAAUACAGCGAAAUCAACAGAAUCAAUGCCAAGUAAUGUCAAAUCAGAUGACAUUUCAUCCGAAAAAAAAGAAACUCCUACUAAUGUCCGAACAUCAUCACCAUCAGCAAGAAUUUUACGUUCAGCAACAACAAGAAUGACUCGAACUGCUGAAGCACGUCAUCACCACAUGCAUUCAAAUGAAGAACGAAUGAAAAAACAACAAGAGCCAGAAAAAAUCUCCCCAACAGAAGAUUCAACUAUUGAAACAAAAUCAUCAUCGACAAUAUUGCCUACUGUUGAAUCAACAAUAGCCUCAACAACGAUAUCUAACAUGGAAUCAACAAAGACUGCUGCCGUUGAAUCAACAUUAUCAUCAACAAUGAUGACUACUACCGUCGCAUCAACAUUAUCCUCAACAACAAUGUCUACUAUGGAAUCAACAAAGGCUGCCACUAUUGAAUCAACAUUAUCCUCAACAACAAUGACUACUAUGGAAUCAACACUAUCCUCAACAACAAUGACUACUACGGAAUCAACAAAGGCUGCUACUAUUGAAUCAACAUUAUCUUCAACAGCAAUGACUACUAUGGAAUCAACAUUAUCCUCAACAACAAUGACUACUAUGGAAUCAACAAAGGCUGCUACCAUUGAAUCAACAUUAUCUUCAAUAACGAUUUCUACCAUAGAAUCAACACUACCGUCAACAAUAAUGUCUGCUACUGAACAAUCAAUCGAAGAAAAUAAGAAUUCAGUUGAAUCAUCAUUAUUAAAACCAAAAGAACCUUAUGUUGAAACUGUUCAACAACCUGCAUUAGAUGAUAAUAUCUAUGAUGAAACUAAAAUAAUAAUCAAUGAAGAAAAUGAAAAAUUCAUUGAUAUUACUGAUCUCCCACGUCAAGUACAUGUACAUGAUCCAAAAGCAAUACUUAAUGAACUAGAAGAAGAAUCAAAUAAAAAUGAAAAACAAAAUAUUGAUAAAGAAAUUGAAAGUCAUACAACUGUUGCUUCAUUUCUAUCUAAUGAUCACAGUCCUCAUCUACCGCGUGUACUAGAAAAUAAAGAAACAAUAUCAACUAUCGAUUCUACCAUUGAAACAAUGAUAAAUACAGUUCAAACAAUUGAUAAUAAGAAUGAAAUAAAUCAAUCUUUGACACACAGUGAAUCGAAAGUUGAAGAAACAAAUAAUACACUACCGUCAAAAUCAAAUACAAUGUCAACACCUUCAAUAUCAAAUAAUAGUGGAAAAACAUUACCAACUCGUCAAAUCUGUUGGAAUUUACCAAAAUCAUUUGAACCAACUUUUGAAUUAGUAGAAAAUCAAGUAUUACGUCUUAUUUAUCUCUUACCUGAAUUUAUUCAAGUACCUGUAUAUGAAUCCAUGGAUGAUCGUGAAACAAUAAUAAAUACAGUAUGGCUUGGUUCAAUAUUUAGUAUGUGCUUUGCGUUUAGUUUCAUAUUUCUUUCACUGGGUACUAAACGUUUAAAACAAAGUAAACAAGAAAAAAAAAUUCGUGCUCAUUGUCAACAACUUCAACAAUAUAAUAAUCAAAUUGAACUUGAACGUGCAACAUUUGAAAAACAAAAUCAAGAAUUAUCCGAUCAAAUUGAUCAAUUAAAAAAAUCACCAGUAUGUGAUGCAGAUGAAGAACUUUUUGAAUUACGUGAAAAAUAUGAACGUCUUCAUGCUGAUUGGAAAAUUGCACGAAAUGAACAUGAUAUUUUACAAAAUGGUAUUGAUUAUAAAGACAGUGUAAUACAAAAAUAUGAAUUUGAUAUGCAAAAACAACUUGAAACUAUCACAUUUUUGAAUGAUGAAAUUCUUCGUCAAAAACAAGAACUAGAAAAAGAACGAGAAGCUAUAGUUCGUUUACAAUCUGCUGAUUUGUCAUUAGAACGUUCGGAAAAAUUAGAAGAAAUAAUUCAUCAAUUAAAAUCUGAAAUAACACAAUUAAAACAAGAGAAAUUUGCACAAUUAGAUCAAUUAGAACAAGUACAAGAACGUGCUAAUCAAUUAGAUAUUGAUAAUAAUCAAUUAACUAUUAAAAUGAAACAACUCAAAGAUUUACUUGAACAAAAAGAUGAAACUAUAGCUCAAAUUAGAGAAAAAAUUCUUAAUAAUGAUAAUGAUAAUGAUGAUGAUGAUGAUGAAGAAAAAGCAGCAGAAAUAGAUAAUUUACUUUCAGCAGUAAAAGAAAAUACAAAUGAUAAUGAUCAACAAGAACUUUUAUCAAAUAUUAAUAAUGAUAUUGAAAAAGCUAAUCAACAUAUGCGUAAUUUACAUGCUGAAAUAGAUGAAAAAACUCGUCGUAUUAAAGAACUUGAUUCAUUACUUAAUCAAGAAAAAGAUCAUUGUAAAGAACUUGAAACAAAAUUAAAAGUUGUUUUAGAAUUACGAGAACGUGAUGCUCAUUUACAUAUUCGUCAAUUAGGACAAACUGAUGCUGAAUUACGUAAAGCAAGAACAGAUACUGAACGUGUUCGAAUUUUACAACAACAAUUAGAAUUUAAACAAAAACAAUUAGAUGAUGUACAAAAAGUUCUUUCAAGUGAACAAACAAAAUUUAGUGAAGAAUCUGGUAAAUUACAACAUGAAAUACAUGAAAAAUGGAUGGAAGUUAAACGAUUAACACGAGAACUUGAUGCAGCAAGAAAAGAAUGUGAAGGUUUACGAAGACAAAUUACUAAAUAUGCUAACAAUGAACGUUUAUCUCAAGAGAAAACAAUGCAUAAACCAAUACCACAACAUAUUAAUAACAGUAGUCGAAUGUCGAGUGAACCGGAAACAAAUAAUAGUUCUUCACCACCACCACCACUUCCAUAUCAACAAGGGGAAAAUUUUAGACCAAUUGAUCAUGAACGUAAUGAUUCGGGUGCUGCUAGCCCAGCUGAAAUGCUUAGAAUGCGACCGCCUCUAUUUGGUUUACCUCGACCUCCAUUCUUUCCACCACCAUUCAUGCCUCCUCCACCUAAUCCAUUCAUGAUGGGCCCACGAUUUCCAAUGUCAGUUGGAGGCCCACAUGGAAUGAUAUCCCCUAUUCCGCAUCUAAUAACCAAUGGUAGUGGUGGUGGUAGUGAUGCAAAUAGUUUUGAAAUUGUUGAUUCUAUUAAUGUAACACCAAAUUCGACUAGUUAUGAUGCACAACUGAACGGAUCUGCUGUAUCACCUAUACCUAAUGACGAACAGCAAGCAACAGCAAAAGUUAAAAAACCAAAAAAAUCUUCGAAAAAAAAGACGAAAACUUCCACCACAACGACAGCGCCGACAUCGAUAGAGGACGUAUGA